AUGUCGAAACCAGCACCCUCGGGGCCAACCCCGAGUAAUGGCUCCCGUGAUGUGAUCGGGACGACAGCUGCCGCAGAAUCGGCCGGGGAUACUUCCGGGCUCUCCCAAACAUUACAGGGGCACGUCGAUGACAUUCGCUCUCUGAUUCAAUGCGGCAUCUGCAUCAGGCCGUUAUACGAGCCUUUUACACUUGGUUGUGGGCAUACGUUCUGUUAUACCUGCUUGACCUCGUGGUUUGGAGGGGGGAGAUCAAACAAAACGUGUCCUGAUUGUCGAGCACCGGUGAAGUCGGAGCCCUCGCCUGCAUACCUGGUUCGUGCAGUUGUCCAACUCUUCACAAGUCGUGCCGAACUUCUAGAUAAGGGCGAGACUACGGCGGAGCAUAUACACCAUCAACGCGAGGAGGCCGAAAAGAUCGAUAAGGAUAAGAAGAACCCUCAUCCUAGAGAAGGGGGGCUGUUCAAAGGCACAUUCAAUAGAUCACGAAACACUAUAGCGCCACCCGUCGUUGACCUCGAGGACGGUGUUCUUCGAUGUCCGCAUUGUUCCUGGGAGCUUGAAGAAGAUUCAAAUUGCAUGCAAUGUGGAUAUCGGCCGGAGGAUGGGUCGAGUACUGGUUCCUCGGAGGAUCUGAGUGAUAUCGAUGAGAAUUCUGAGAUGACAGACUAUGUUGAUGAUGAGGCCGAGGACGGAUUCAACGAGGUGGACGAUUUUGGUUGGAACGAUCUCUAUGAUGGAAUGCCCAUUGAUGCGUUCCCGUUUGACCUUCAUCAACUAUAUGAGUUGCAUCGCAAUCCUUACCCACAUCACGCACGCCAUGUUCAUGCGCCAUUCGGGCACGGCAUGCCAUCGGACGAUUGGGGUCAGAAUGACACACAGGACAGUGAAGAGGAAGACGAGGAGGAUACUGACAUGGAUUCUUUCAUUGAUGAUGAAGAGCAUUAUGGCCACGGGGAAUACGAUACCGAGUCGGAUCGAUCCACAGUUGUUGGUGGCCCCGAAUACAUCACGCAAGAAGACCGCUACGAGGAACACCACGGCUUCCCCAUGUCUCAACUUGGGGAUUUUGUGAGUGAUAGCGUGUCAGAAGUCACAACUACCGAAGAUGAUGAUCACGACGAUGAUGGAAGUAGUGAUGAUGAAAGUGAUGAUGAAGAUGAGCCAGUCCGACCUGCCGUCAGCGGAAAUCGACGCCGACCAAUUCCUUACUACGAGGUUUCAAGCUCUCCAGUGCAACCACGACUGUUGACUUCAAGCGGUCACCCGGCUCAAUCACGCACCACAUCAAAUGCUCGAAACAGACAAUCAGUUGGACCUUCAAGCGGCCGUCCGGCUCAAUCAUGCGGGACGUCGCAUGCUCGAAACGGACAAUCAGCUGGAACUUCAGCGUCGAAUGCGAUCAGAUUGGAGGAUGACUCUGACGAAGGGCCCGUUAGACCAACCAGGAGAGCAAGGCGAUAG